AUGCUCGUCCCCUUGGAGAUGCUUGGAGCACAGGAUGGGAGGACCCGAUGGACAAAAGUGACGCUCUCCGAGUCCCCGUUCUCUCCGUUAUCCUUCGUUGCAGUUUUACUGUUCUUCACUGUUGUGCAGAAUCAUGUCCGACGCUUCAACCACGAAGGGCAAGCCUGUCUCCGGAACAUCAGGGGCUCCUUCCCUAUGACCCAGAUCUCCUUGCUUGCGGAAACGCGUUUCGCAAGCCAGUUUUGCUCUGCACGAAGAUCUUCUGUGCCUUCAGAAUGCAUGUUUUCAUAUGCAGGUCGUACAGACUCUGACCCUCGCUGUCGCAAUUUUGAUGCAGAGAAGUUCGGCACCAUGAAGGAAGCUUAUUGGGAUGGACGUAUCAGUGCACAGAACGAAGCACAGAUGGAAAUUGGGCCAUGCUUUGAUGAUGGAAACUUGGUCAUAGAGUAA